UCGGUAUUCCCAGGGCUGUCCUGGUACCUUUGCUGCCACGGGCAGGAGUGGUUGAUAGGUCCCAAUGUGCCCCAAAUGGGUGCCCACGGGUGGAUACCACCCAUCCCAGUGCUAGCCCAUCCUGGCCGGGCAGAGCCCACGCAUCGUUCCCCACCGGCGGCAGCUCCCUAGUCCCUGUUCCCCCAGCCCGGUCCUGGCUGCUCCCCGACGAGGGUCCCGGGUACCGGGAGGCGGCGGCAGAGCCGCACCGGAGCCAUCUUGCGCCGCCGCCGCCCGCUCUGACUCCCGGGGAAAAUCCACCGCCGUGUCUUGGCUGUGCCGCGGCGGCUCCUCACCGAUCCGCACCGAUCCGAUCCGCACCGAUCCGAUCCGCGCCCAUCCGCACCGUUCCGCGGCGGCUCCGCACCGAUCCGCGCCGCUCCGCGACCAUCCACGCUGCACUGCGGGGCCGCCGCCACUCGCAUGCUCUCACCCGCGGGGUGCCGAGCCGGGACCGACCGAGCCCAACUGAGCCCCUCAGGUACCAACCGGGCCGGGCCGUCGGGGAACCGCCCGGCGGCGGCCGGAGAAUGUAGACGGCGGGAGCGGGAGCCUGCUGCCCCUGGGAAACCGAGCGUGGAGGAGCCGCCGGCGCCAGGGCCAUGAGGACAGCAUCCCCCUGAGCGCCGGGCGGUGAGCCCGCAGGGACAACCCUGCAAGAUGCCGAGGCUACGGGGCGGGUGCUGACACCAUGAAGGGCUACCAUGGGGAGCGUAGCCAAACACAGCCCUCCUCCGGCCACCGCUGCCGCUGCAUCCCAGAAGACUGCCAGCAUCCUGCCGACUACGUCCCUCACGGCCCCGAGGCGCGGCCCCCAUUCCUCCUCAGCCCCAGCGAGCCCUGUUCUCUGGAGCAUCCCUACUGCCCGGCCCAGAGCCCCAGUGCGGCCAGCGAGUGCCCGGGUGGGCCCUUGAGCGAGCCGCCCUCCGCCAGCGCCAGCAGCACCUUCCCGAGGAUGCACCACGCGCAGCAGCCCUACGACUCCUGUGACGAAUGCAUGGCGACUGCCCACCCUGCCAGCAAGAUCAACCGCCUGCCCCCCACGCUGCUGGACCAGUUUGAGAAGCAGCUGCCGCUGCACCACGACGGCUUCCACACGCUGCAGUACCCGCGGGCCGGCGGCGCCGAGCCCCGCAGCGAGAGCCCCAGCCGUAUCCGCCACCUCGUCCACUCCGUCCAGAAGCUCUUUGCCAAGUCCCACUCCCUGGAGGCGCCGGCCAAGCGGGAUUACAACGGCACCAAGAUGGACGGCCGCGGGGACGGCUACCACCACCAUCACCACCACCACCACCAUCACCACCACCAGUCCCGCCAUGGUAAGCGCAGCAAGAGCAAGGACCGCAAGGUGGACUCCAGACACCGGUCCAAGAUGAUGGGCUGGUGGAGCUCCGAUGACAACCUGGACAGCGACAGCAGCUACAUGGUGUCUGGCCGGCAUGCCAUUGACCAGGGCACCCAGUACUGUGUGGACGCUCCCGAAAGUGCCUUCAGAGACUUGACCUUGAAGAGUCUAAAGGGCGGCGGGGAAGGAAAAUGCCUGGCCUGUGCUGGCAUGUCCAUGUCUCUGGACGGCCAGACACUCAAGAGGAGCGCCUGGCACACCAUGACUGUCAGCCAGGCCCGUGAAGCCUACCCCAGCGCCGGUGGCACUGAGAAGACCUUGAUGCUUCAGGAAGCAAAGGCCAAAGACCGAGCGUACCAAUACCUGCAGGUGCCACAGGACGAGUGGAGCGGGUACCCAGCAGUGGGCAAGGACGGGGAGAUCCCUUGCAGACGGAUGCGCAGCGGCAGCUACAUCAAGGCCAUGGGCGACGAGGACAGUGCUGACUCGGACAUCAGCGCCAAGAUAUUGCCCAGGGCGGCCACAAGGCGAGACAGCUACCGCCGCUCCUCCAGCGCUGACCAGGCCAGGACCAAGUUUGCAAGUAGGCACUAUUCUGAUUCAUAUAUCUGUAACUGUCCCAGCUGCUGCACGCCACCGCGAAUGCUCCCGCGGGGACAGAGCUACGGGCGCUCCUUCACCACCGGCCAGCCCCGGCUCACCGCCCCCAGCCUCAUCCGCCGCUCUCCCCAGAUCAACGAUGAGCUCAACCACCAGUUCGAGGCCGUCUGCGAGUCGGUUUUUGGCGAGGUGGAGUCGCAGGCUGUGGAGGCUCUGGACCUGCCUGGCUGCUUCCGCAUGCGGAGCCACAGCUACCUGCGGGCCAUCCAGGCUGGCUGCUCCCAGGACGAUGACUGCCUCUCACUCUUCUCCAUGUCAGCCCCUGCCGGGCCGCCCAUCACCAGCAGCAUCCUGAAGCCCAGCACUUCCUUCAGUUACAGAAAAGCUCCACCUCCCAUCCCUCCAGGAACCAAAGCCAAGCCCCUCAUCUCCGUCACGGCGCAGAGCAGCACCGAGUCUACCCACGACAGCUACCUGCCCAGCGAGGUCGCCCGCAGCCCCGCUUGGUCCAAAGAUGCUGCGGCCCGCUGCAACUCGGCCGAGAGCCUGGAGAGCUCCAAGGUGACCACCGUGACCCUCGACCUGCCUCCGGUCCAGCCGCGCGCUGCUCCCAAGCCCUCCACACUCAUCAUCAAGGCCAUCCCUGGGCGGGAGGAGCUGAGGAGCUUGGCUCGGCAGCGCAAGUGGCGACCUUCCAUCGGUGUCCAGGUUGAGGCCAUUUCUGACUCGGAUACGGAGAGCAGGAGCCAGAGGGAGUUCCACUCCAUUGGAGUGCAGGUGGAGGAGGACAAAAGGCGAGCGCGCUUCAAGCGCUCCAACAGCGUGACGGCAGGCGUGCAGGCGGACCUGGAGCUGGAGGGCUUCACCGGCCUGGCCGUGGCCACCGAGGACAAAGCCCUGCAGUUCGGGCGGCCCUUCCAGCGGCACUCCUCGGAGCCCGAGUCCGGCCGGCAGUACGCCGUCUACAAGACGGUGCACACGCAGGGGCAGUGGGCGUACCGGGAGGACUACCAGCUGCAGUACGACACGGUGGAGGUGCCCCGCCGGGAUGCCUGGAUUGAGAGGGGCUCCCGCAGCCUCCCCGACUCUGGCCGGGCCUCCCCUUGCCACCGUGACGGGGAAUGGUUCAUCAAACUGCUGCAGGCGGAGGUGGAGAAGAUGGAGGGCUGGUGCCAGCAGAUGGAGAGGGAGGCUGAGGACUAUGACCUGCCGGAGGAGAUCCUGGAGAAGAUCCGGAGUGCUGUGGGCAGUGCCCAGCUCCUCAUGUCCCAGAAGGUGCAGCAGUUUUACCGCCUCUGCCAGCAGAACAUGGAUCCCAAUGCAUUCCCUGUGCCCACCUUCCAAGAUCUGGCUGGCUUCUGGGACCUCCUGCAGCUCUCCAUUGAGGACGUCAGCAUGAAGUUUGCAGAGCUCCUGCAGCUCAAGGCCAAUGGGUGGAAGAUUGUGGAGCCCAAGGAGGAGAAGAAGGUGCCUCCCCCGAUACCAAAGAAGCCGCCGCGCUCCAAGGUGCACCCGGUGAAGGAGCGCUCCCUGGACUCGGUGGACCGGCAGCGGCAGGAGGCCCGCAAGCGGCUCCUGGCGGCCAAGCGAGCUGCCUCCUUCCGCCAGAGCUCGGCCACCGAGAGCGCCGACAGCAUCGAGAUCUACAUCCCCGAGGCGCAGACCCGGCUGUGACCGCAGCCUCCGCUUUUCUACCCGGACUGGACGGCACGGCCGUAGCUCACUGUGACGGGGGGGCCGCGGGGACACCCUGGGGCAGCUCUUGGCCCCACUCACAGCUUCUCUCUUUUCUAUCUUCGACCUUUCGUGGAUCCGGCGGCGAGUCAACGCAAGCCCGGGUCUGCCCCGUCCCCUUGCCCCCCCUGCCCGCAUGCCCCUGCCAGCCUCUCCCAGGGUCCGGGGCUCUCCCUCCCGCUGUCCUCCUUGGGGCCGUGUCCCAGUUCUCUCUCCCAUUCCCACCCUACCAGACCUUCUGCGCCCUCUUCUUAGCCUGCGUCCCAACUUAAAGAGAGGUGACCCUCAGCCUCCAGCCCUGCUGGAGGGGAGGGGGCUGCAGGCAGGCCCCUUCCCCCGCCCCCCACCUCUCUGUACUCAGUGCAAUCCCCCACCGUGCCGUGGGGACGGGACCCUCAGCCCAGCCAGAGCCCUCCAGCCCCACUCCCCAGACCUGCCAGCACGAGGCUUUGGGGUGCAGUGGGACAAAGCAAGAGGUGUCCCUGGUGCUGCCAACACCUGCUUCUGGCUUGGCUGCCACGGGUGCCCCAGGGCCCCCUUUCCUCUACACAUAUAUAAGUACAACCCGAGGAAUAACCCAGGGCAGGCGACCCGAGCUGACCAGGGCAGUGCUCUGGCUGGCGGCGCAGAGCAGGGCAGCAGGAAGCCUUGGUCACAGGCAGCCACCCCUCUCCCCUCACAUGGAGCAUCGUGCCACGCUUCUCCCCUUCCUGCUCGGACCAUCCAUCUGUCCCUCCAUCCGUCUGUCCUUCCCUCCUGCCAGCCUCGAGGCUGGGAGCACCUCUGCAGCGUGCCAAUAGCUGGGGAUGGAGGGUACAGUUCCUCUGUGCCUCGCUGCUUUCCUGGUGUGUGAGCAAGGUGGUAGUGACAGGGACACCUGCCACAGCCUGUUGGCACCUGUGAUGUCAGGCCUUGAUGGCUCUGUCCUAGGCCAGGCUCGGUGCCAGCAGGUGGGAUGGGAGCAUGGACAUGGCCAGCAGCUGCCUUGUGAGUGUGAAGAGCUGCUGGAGAUCACGGGGGCGGGGGGGUUCUCCCCGAGCUCCCAGUGCCCUGUGGCAAUAGGACACCCCAGACAGGGCUGCUGUGUGCCCGUUGCCCUGUGGGGACAAGGAACACCCCGAAUGCUGCUGCUUUAGUUCCCCCAUUGCUGUGCACAGAUCCAGGAGGAGGGUGAAGGCUCCCCUGGGUCUGCUCCAGGGCAGAGCAGUGCGGCAGAGCAGGAGGCUGCAUCUGCCCCAUCCCUGUUGCCAUUCCCAUUCCCAGUGCCUCUCCAAGCAUCCUGUCAUCCCCCCUGUAUCCUUUUUAGUGGCAGAUGUGGGGGGGGGAUCCCCAUCCCUGUCCUCCACCUCUCCACACCAGCAGCCCCACGCAGCAUCACCAGCCACCCCUCAGGCAGGGCUAGUGCAUGCCAGGGAGCUCCCAAAAUCCAGGGCCAAACCUUCCUUGCCCAGGGUGCUUAGGAAGGGCAGUAGGAUAAGAGGCAGCUGGGGG